AUGCCACACGCGCACGCUCAAAUCGUGCUGUCGAGCUCUCGCGUCGCGACGCCGCCAUCGACGUCGUGCGCGCGACCGCGCGCUGUCCCCGUCCGCCGCCGCCGCCACCGCGUGUCGAUUCCGUUCCCGCGCCGCGCGCUCGCGACGCGCGCCAAGGGACAGUACGACAGCGCGGCCGACGCGGAGGAAGAUUUAUUGUUUUGGAACGAGGAAGACUUGGAGGACGACGACCCGAUCGCGAUCGAAGACGAUGAAGACUGGGACGACGAGGACGACGACGAGGACGACGACUGGUUCUUCGUCCCGGAGGGCGCCAACGUGCGCGUGGCGAAUGAAGAUUUGUUCAACAUCGACGACGAAGACAGUGGCAAUGGAUAUGUCAUGGACUUUGUGCGCGUGCCGACGAAGAACGAUCGCGCGAGUGGGAGUUCGGAGGCGGUGAACACGUCGUUAAAGUCGCCGAAGAAGAACCCGCGCGGCGUCGCGGCGGCGGAUGCGAAGCCGAAGCGCGUGGUGGGCGAAAGUAGUGAGAUAAACGCAAAGAGGGAUGAUAAAGGGAUGAAAAAGGAGGACAUCGAGCGCAUGGUGCGCAUGGGGGUACCGAGGGAUCUGUUAUUUGCAAUCGAGGAGGAAAAACAAGAGGUGGCGACGUUUAACAAGAAGAAGGAAUACGAGGCGACGAGAAAAACGCACAAGCGCAUGACCAUCGUGGCUGGAAAGUAUGCACGAAGAAAGCUUUUGUCGCCGAGCGGUUUAGACACGCGACCGAUGAUGUCCAUGGUGCGUGGGGCGACGUUUGAUAUGAUGUUAAACUUUCUCGGUUCGCGAAGCAACGUGCAGUUUCCGCCAGACUCGAGAUGGUUGGACAUGUUCUGCGGCACUGGCGCGAUCGGCAUCGAGUCGAUAUCGCGCGGUGUCGUCGAGGCACAUUUCGUCGAAAUGGACCCCUGGGUGGUGAACAACGUCACGAACAAGAAUCUGAAUUCGCUCGGUCUCACCAAGCAAACGACGACACACACCGCAAGCGUGCAAGCCUUCAUGAACCAGCACCACAAAAACGCUCGAGGCGUCGGCGGCGCGUUCGAUUUCAUAUCGUUCUGCCCUCCGUACGAAAAAGUAUCGUAUCCCGAGCUCCUCCUCCAGCUCGAUGAGUCGGCGCUGGUCAAAGACUCGACCAUUUUACUCGUCGAGUACGCCAAAGGCCAAGCGCGUGACAUCCUCCCGAGCAUCGGCAAGCGUCUCCGCCGCGUCCGCGACCGGCGCUACGGUCGCACUUUCGUCGCUUUAUACGUCUGCGACGGCAGGGACAUCGACGGCGAGGACGACGACGAAGGUCCCGAAGUCGCGACCAAGUUCGCCAAGCCCGUUCGCCGCGGCCGCCGGCGCGACGACGACGACGACGCGUGA